GGUCUAGUGGUAUGAUUCUCGCUUAGGGUGCGAGAGGUCCCGAGUUCAAUUCUCGGAAUGCCCCUUUUUUGUGUCUCUCUCUCGGGCUUCUCUCUUGGGCUUUACUCUUCUCUCUCGUUUUACAUCUUUGUCUCUAGGGUUGAUACUGGGCUUUACUCUCCUCUCUCUCUAUAUCGGGCUCUCUCUAGAAUUGAUAUUGCCAUAUUGGGAUUUCGUAAAAGGUGUGAAGUUUUAAUUCACAAGCAGCAGCAGCUAUAUCGCAUCGGCGAAAGAAUGGAAAAUGGAGAGCAUUUGCAGAGAGAAUCGAAAGAGGAAAUCGUUGCUAUAUAUUCAGAUUUCAUGAUGAGGAUCGGACAAUUUGAUGACCUAGUGUCUGUGGGUAGCCGGUUUCUUGUCAGCUUUCAGCAAGCUCUUGGGUUCUUAAGACGGCCUCCAAUCGAUAAGACUUCGACAUUGGUGGAGCGCAUUAUUAAUGCUCAUGGAUCGAGAAGGUUUCUGUCUUAUUUUCAAGCUGGAUGUGCCCACAAUCAUGACAGGGUACAAAAUGUGAGCAAGUUGCAUACAUGCCAUCUUGGACUUCAAGACUACAUAAGUAAAGCUAAAGUUGUUGUCGAUGAACUCGAAUCCUUUCUGGGAAAUGCAGCAUCCGUCGUGCAAACUUCAAAUGAUAACAACAGAGAAGAUAAUAGUUUCAACUCAGUUUUAUAUAUUGCUUCAUCUGAGCAAACUGCAACUGUGAAAGAUGAAGAUUUUAAUUCCAACUUGAAUUCAUUUAUUACUUCAACUGACCAAGAUCAGGGAAGACCUGAUCUUGAACACUAUGGUACCAUGAUGGCUAUCAUAUACAGUAUGGUGAAACAAGACUACACAAUGCAGGACCGAAUAGUCUCCUCCCUCAACCUCAAGUCUUCACAGGAAGAACUGGAGACCUAUUGCCAGAUGUGGUCUCUGCGGCCGUUUGUAGACGAUGACAUGGUGCGUAGAGCUUGGAAUCUCGUCCCCGGGCGCUGAGGUUUUCCGGCUCAUUAGUGUGGAGGCUCUUCUUUUGGUAGAGAAGGUGAAGAUCUUCAUUUUCUUCCGUUGUUCCUCACUUCUAGUUUGGACUAUAACUAGUUAGUAGAUUUAAAUGUAGUUGUUUUGAAUGAAUUUAUGACAUACUCCAGUAUGAAACAUCAAUAGAAACAAUGAAAGAGACCUAAAUAUUUGGUUAAUAUCGUGAAUUGUGUAUCCUAUUACUAUGAAUGAAAAUGGCCAACUUUUUUGUAGUA